AUGGCAUCGGAGAGGGAUGAUUUUAUCCGUUCAGGACCUUUACAUCUAACUACAGUUAAUUGGGGAAAUGUACAUCACCGGAGAUCUAUAGCCGCUAGCUUGGUUCAGGGUGUAUAUGUUUUAGAACGUGACCGUCAAGAAAAAUAUCGGAAAGCUCUUGCACCACCGUGGUGGGAUUUCUUCCAUUUUGAAUUGCUUUAUACUCUUGUGGAUGAUGUUGACUCUUCUAUUUUUGGUGCUAUAUAUGAAUUUAAACAAGAAACUAACCGCUACUAUUUGGCGGAAAUUCCACGAUAUGUGAUUGCAUUUAGGGGAAUGAUCACUGAAUUAGAUUGUCUCUUGCGGGAUCUGAGUUUGGACCUGAAUCUCAUAAAAAAUGGACUUCACCAAACAUCCCGCUUUGGAACCGCAAUGAAAGCUGUUAGAAACAUGGUAUCUCUAAGUGGACCUAGUAGUGUCUGGUUAACAGGACAUUCUUUGGGUUCUUCCAUAGCAAUGCUGGCAGGGAAAAACAUGGCGAAAACCGGUCAUUUUCUUGAAUCGUAUCUCUUCAAUCCACCAUUCAUUUCGGCUCCAAUUGAAAGGAUUAAAGAUAAGAAAGUGAGGCAUGGGAUUCGUAUAGCUAGCAGCUUGAUCACAGCAGGACUUGCAUUUGCCAUGAAUGUUAACCAAGAAAGCCAGCAGCCGGAAGAUCCUUUUAAUGUUCUGUCGACCUGGAUUCCGAAUCUGUUUGUGAAUCCAGCUGAUCAUCUCUGUUGUGAGUACAUUGGAUAUUUUGAACACCGAGAAAAUAUAAAAAGCUUUGGCGCAGGUGAAAUCGCGAAGCUGGCAAUGCAAAAUUCAUUGACUGGAUUAUUAAUGAAUGCAAUGGGAUGGAAAUAUCAAGAAGAACUACACUUAAUUCCCUCGGCUAAUCUGACUGUCAAUCGUAUCCCAUCACCGACUUUUAGAUUGGCUCAUGGUAUUCAUCAAUGGUUUAGAGGUGAUUUGAGAUUGCAGUCCAAGGUAUACCGAUACUAG